UGCGGAAGGAAGGAGCUUCAUCAAUUACCAGGUCUCCAGGUCACAGUCAGCAGCCUCGAAUGACAUUGGCAGCUCUGCAAGACAGGCAGAGCGAUAGCGGCAGCUCCACAGAACAGCCUGGAACAACAUUGGCAACUCUAGCCCCGCUACUAACCCAGUUACCCCUGUUCCCUGCCCUGAACUGCUAGCUGGCAGGUGGAGAGCGAUGUUCCAGCCUCUGGACAGCACUAACCCUUGCCUCCGCCUAAUGCACAGGAACAGGUCGAGCUGCUACUUUGCCUUGCUGGCUCUCGCCUACCUGUUCUACCUGAGCUUCGGCGCCCUGAUCUUCUCCUCGGUGGAGCUGCCUUACGAAGACAGCCUGCGCCGGGAGCUGAGGGAGCUCAAGAGCCGGUUCCUGGAGGAGAACCCGUGCCUGGCCCCGGACAGCCUGGAGCGUUUCCUGCACCGGGUUCUCGAGGCCAACAACUACGGGGUUUCGGUGUUGAACAACAGUACCGGCAAGUGGAACUGGGAUUUCACCUCGUCUCUAUUCUUCGCGGCCACUGUCCUCACCACCACAGGUUAUGGUCACACGGUCCCUCUCUCUGAUGGCGGGAAGGCCUUCUGCAUGAUCUACUCACUUAUCGGGAUUCCCUUCACGCUGCUCUUCCUCACCUCCGUGGUGCAGCGUCUCAUGGUACACGUGACCAGGAGGCCAGUCCAGUACAUCCACGCUCGCUGGGGCUACCCCAAACAGAGUGUCGCCCUGAUCCACGCCUUGCUGCUGGGGCUGCUCAUCACCUCCUGCUUCUUCUUCAUCCCGGCGGCUAUAUUCUCCGACCUGGAAACGGACUGGAACUUUCUGGAAUCCAUAUACUUUUGCUUCAUCUCCCUCAGCACUAUCGGGCUGGGAGAUUACGUUCCCGGCGAGGUUCAGCAUCAGCAGUUCCGGGAGCUGUACAAGGUUGGAAUAACUGUCUACCUCAUGAUUGGGCUCACUGCUGUGCUUGUUGUCCUGGAAACCUUCUGUGAGCUGCAGAAACUCAAAGAGUUUAAAAGGAUCUUCUACUUGAAGAAAGACAAGCCGGAGGAUGAGCAAAGCAUUCUGGACCAGGAGCAGCUCUCAUUUCCCUCGGUCACAGAUUCUGUACCCAUCGCCAGAGAGCAGCAGAAACUUAACAAGCCUUUUGCCACAAGCCCAGUUGCCUAUCAGUUUGCAGAGGGUCCCAUUAACCGAUAACUUUGGCUCCAGGCGUACCCCAUUCCAAGACAUGAUUGGCCAAACCUUGUGUCGCCAUGGAGUAAAUUUGCAUGUAAUUAGCAUAGGUUCUAAAGCAGUUUACCAGCCAUAAAAAAAACAAUAUGAAGCAAAGCAAAUUGGAAUAGGGAGUGUUGGAAAAUAAGCAGAGGAAAGAAAAUGUGUUUCUGGUAUAAUCAUGGACUAGAAAAUAUGUUUUCAGGAAGGCAAUGGGAUAGUUGCAUAGAAUUCCUGCCACUUGAAGAUAUGGCUAAACACAACCAUUUGCACCAUUUUCUCUCAGGACUUUGUAGUUAUACUGGCGGAUGAGGUUAACCUAGGGGAAAUUCUUUCCCCAUUAAAGGAAGAAGUAAUUAUUAUUGAUUUGGGAAAAUAAUCAUUAAUUAAAACAUUUGUUGAUUCUUAUUGAGGGAGGGGGAGAAAGAGUCCAGUUCCUUCUCCAGAGGAUAACAACUCCAGGCUGCACUUAGCCUAUGGCUGUUCCUAUUAGGUCUGCACCUCAAUAGGAACAAGAGUAAGCCCUUCGGCCACUCUGGGCUGAUCAGUGGUGCAACGUGGAAGAUCUGUAACACAACUCCACUCCAUUUAAUUUACCUUAGCUCCGUAUCCCUUAAUACCCUCACAUUACAAAAAUCUAUAGAUCUCAGUCUUGAAAGCUCCACUUGAUUCCCAGCAUCUAUGACUUUUUGAGGGAAGAGAGUUCCAGGUUUCCAUUACCCAUUGUGUGAAGAAGUGCUUCCUGACUUCACCCCCAGAAUGUCCUCGCUCUAAUUUUAAGGUUACACCCCUUGUUCUGCACUCCCCCAUUAGAAGAAACAGUUUAUCUCACUCUAACAAGCCCUUCUAAAAUUUAAAAACACCUCCCUCAAUCUUCUAAACCAAAGGAGGCAUACAGACCUAGUCUUUGCAACCUGUCCCCAUAAUUUAACCCUUUUAGCCCCAAUAUCAUCAUGUCAAAUCAGUGCUGCACACCCUCCAAGGUCAAUAUAUCUUUGCUUGAUUGCAGUGCCCAGAACUGAAAGAGGUACACCAGGUGGGGGUCUCUACACAACUGAAGCUCAACUUUCACCCCUUUCUAAUCCAAUCCCAUUUCAGAUCAAGGCCAGCAUUACAUUAGCUUGGUUUUUUUGAUCGCUUUUAGUACCUGUCUACUUGUUCGGCCAUUGAAUGAAGCCAGCCGUGCACACAAAGACCAUCCCCCAUCAGUCGCUAACAAUAGAGUUGAGAUCUUGUGGUGUGGGAUUCACCUUUGAAUAAGACUUUUUUGCUUUUUAAAUUAUUUAAAAAAUAAGUCAAGGAAUGUUUAACAGGGGAAAUAAUGUGACACAUACUAUGAACAAAACAGAAGUGCUUGGCUGGACUCCAUAGCUAUCAUUUUUAGUGUAUAUGAAUAUUUGUGUCUUUUUAAGCUAAAGUGAAUUGCAAGGACCCUCGCUGUAGUUUGGCAAUUUAACUUUGUCUAUAUGGAAGUAUUUCUACCUCAUGUGAAGUGAAAGACAAACACAUGCACAAAAAACAUGUAUUUUUGAUCAAUAGUGUUAAAGCAGUCCUUAAUAGUGGGGUCCAUUUUGAAUGCUGUUGACUCAUGUUAACAAACUCAAAAUGGAGACCAGUAGUCUUAAUGCCUGGUUUACACUGACAAUGUGACCAACACCAUUUUGAAAGGGACCCACCAUCGGGUGUCCCAAAUGUCUGCCUGACUCAGGCUCCUGUUAACAUGGUAACCAAAGCACCAUGAUAAAUAGGGUCCUGGUUGCCAUUUUAGUCCGGAGUCAGUGGGAACCUGCACCACUCUCACUCUGCCCAGUUUCACAGGCAAUAGAACUGAAGAGGCUAUGUUAAGUGUUGGAUUAUUUCUGUGGGACUCAAAGGGAGCAGGAAUAAUCUGAGUCGCCAUUGGCCUGUGAACCUGUCCACCACCUCUCCAUGAUCGCCACCUCCUCUCCCCGCCCAAUCCGAAACUUGCUGGAGACCAGGGCAUCAGAAGAACCUAAUCUUGCAAGCUGUGUCGUGGCACCUGUUUGGCUGCCCACAGCUUGCCAGCCGAUGUCAACAAAGCCAGGUUGGGGCAGGGGCCUCAAUUCUGAGACCAUUUUGGCUGUGGGUAUGGAUGGCCAUAGUAGGUGCAGUCCCUUGCUCGAUCUCCAGACAGCUCAACGUGAUCUCCCGCAGCUCCCUCACACCCUCCAAUUCCAAAACAUGAACCUCGGCUCAACUAACAGCAGCUACCUUGUGAACCUCACUGGCUGUGUCAAACCCAUUCGCAGUGGGCUUGGCGAGGUCAGCUUUGCCCAGCAACUGGCUUAACCAAGCCCCGGCUGCUGGCUCCCAUUCACAACUACUCACCCGAUGUGUAAAAGGGCAAUUUCAGGAGGCUGGAGAGUUUCAGUUCCAUAUGAGGUAAGAGGAUGAUACCAGCUUGAUUCAAGGACUGGAGGUCAAAGAAAGAUGGCAGGGUCAUGGGUUUUAAGGCAAAGGUCUUUUUAUUGGUGCCAUUCCAGCAGAGUUACCUCAAGCCAAAAUGUGCAUGACAACCAUUUAAUAAUUGCUUUAAAAACAGAAACCCCACUUUAGCAACAUCUCAGUCAGCUGAAAAUUCUCUUGUCCAUUUUAAUUAUAAGCAAAUUAAUUUUGUUUGAAAUAAAAACAAAACUUCUGGAAAUUCUCAGCAGGUCAGGCAGCAUCUGUGGAGACAGUCAAUGUUUCAGGUCGCUGGACCUUCAAAAACAUCUUUUCUGUUUUCAUUUCAGAUUUCCAGCAUCUGCAGUAUUUCGCUUUUGGAAUUUUGUUUGUGUUUUGCUUAGUGAAUGAGACGUUUCCAGGGAGUUGCCAUUCCCCAUUGAGCGGGAAGGGUUUGGAGUGUAGGCAGGUUUGAGGGAGCUUGGUGUACAUACUGAAUGAAGGGAACCCCUCUCCAGGGAUGGGAAUGUGAACACAAAGCAAAGAAGGAUGAUAGAGGUAGACAGGCACAAGCAAUUAGUCAGACCUUUAAACAGAGGAUAAGCUUUCUCCAGACUCGGAAGGAGCAUGCAGGAGAGGGUCAUCAGGUGUCACUUUGUUGAAGUCAAACCAAAUGAUGUGGGAAAUGUUGCGCCUUUGUUAUUUUUAUAUUAUGCGGAGAUAUGUGUGCGGAUUGUAUCCCAGCAUCAAUAUGGCUCAGUUUAUUCACUUGUUGUAAAGUAAACAGCUUAACAAUUCACAUCGGGUAUUAUCAUAUCUGUCUCCAUCAAAAGGUUUGGCGAGGAUCUUAUGGACAUGGUGAAAGGCCCAAAUAGCCAUUUUUAUCACAAGUGAGUACAAUUGUGUAACACGGGGUUACACUGUCAUGGAAACAGCUAUUGGACAAUGUGGGUGGGUGUACCCUGAUAUGUAAGCUGCAAGUAACACAAUCCUGCACUGACUGGUGUCAUAGCCCUCUCCAAGUAUCAAAGGAAGAAAGACUUGCAUUUAUAUAGAGCCUGUCACAACUUCAGGACAUCCC